AUGGCAAUGAACUCGGAACAGCUCACGUUUGCCUCCUGUGGACUCAUCCCUGAAGCAACAGAAAAGCUAUCCAAGCAUUUCGAUGAGACCACGGAAUCUGCAAACCACCGCUGGGAUGCACUGUGGGAAGCCGGGGAUUUCCUCCCAUGGGACAAUGGAUGCCCGAAUACUGCGCUUCAGGAAGCAUUGGAAUACCGCAGACAAGAUCUAGGAGAGUCGGUGUUUGUAAUGGACCCCAUAACUGGAGAACACAGGAGGAAGCGAGCACUGGUCCCAGGCUGCGGGAGAGGGUAUGAUGUGUUGCUGCUAGCCAGUUUUGGCUACGAUGCAUAUGGGCUUGAGGUCUCCAAGGAGGCUGUCAAGCGGUGCUAUGACUACGCCCGCGAGAAUCAGGACAAGUUUCCGCCCAGAGACGAAUGCGUCGGGGCUGGCAGGGCACACUACAUAGAGGGGGACUUUUUCAGCGACAGGUGGUAUGACCAGGUCACUGGUAAUGCUACAUUUGAGCUUCUUUUCGAUUAUACAUUUUUCUGUGCUCUACACCCAUCACUCCGCGCCUCUUGGUCUCUGAGGUACGCGUAUCUUCUCUCAUCGCAUUCGGACAGCUGUCUCGUUUGUGUAGAGUUUCCAACGCAGAAAUGUCCUCGUUCCGGGGGCCCUCCCUUUGGCGUCCCGUCGGACCUGUACCUCGCCCAUCUGUCUUACCCUGGAGUCAAUAUCACGUCAGACGACGAAGGGAAAUUUAUCCCCGCGCAUGACAACCGACUUCUGUCAGCCGGGUUACGAAGGAUCGCUCAUUGGAAACCAAAGGCUGAUUCUCUCGGAGGUGUGAUGGAUUUUGUCAGUGUCUGGAAGUUCUGA